UCUCAUUAAUCUGUUUUCUCUUGAUCGUCAGCUACGGCCUCUUCAGGUUCCUAGCUCUCUCGGUUCCACUAUCUGGUUUUUCUCCUGUUAAGGCAACUGCAGAUCAUUCUUGGCUCGAGAAAAUGGCGACUGCAGGCAGCACUCAUACUCAAGCAAAGCUAGUGCUGCUUGGGGACAUGGGAACAGGAAAAUCAAGCCUUGUGUUGAGAUUUGUGAAGGGACAAUUUUAUGAAUUCCAGGAAUCAACGAUUGGUGCAGCAUUUUUCACUCAGACUGUAGCAUUGGAAGGAAGGUCUGUGAAAUUUGAGAUAUGGGAUACAGCAGGGCAAGAAAGAUACCAUAGUCUUGCUCCCAUGUACUAUCGUGGUGCCGCUGCUGCAGUCGUGGUUUAUGACAUUACCAACCCUGAUUCAUUCGAUCGCGCUAAGAAAUGGGUGGAAGAACUUCGUCAACAAGGAAACCCAAAUAUGGUAGUUGCAUUUGCAGGAAAUAAAGUUGAUCUGGAAGAGAAGAGACAAAUAAAGGAAGAGGUGGCUCAUGCAUAUGCGACUGAAGCCGGUCUCCUUUUCAUUCAAACAUCAGCAAAGACAGCGCAAGGUGUUAAUGAGUUGUUCCAAGAGAUAGCUAAGAGUUUACCAAACGCAGAACCACUACAGGCACCAGGACGAAUGGUCUUUGUUGACAAAUCUUACGAAAGGGCAAGUGGAUAUUCCUGCUGUUCCUGAUCACUAAUAAUCAAUUAGUGAGUCGACUUUAGUAUCAUUGUUGCUUGUACAUUCAUGUUUAAAACAAAAGGUUUCAAUAAAUGGAUGUCUAUGGUUCAUUA